AUGCCUUGCCCUCUUCCUCGACGAUAUGCUCAACGUCGAGCCCUCCGUCACGAUAAAUAUGGACCACCCGCCCCAAUUUUACAAAACGAGAAAGAACAACCACGAACAUAUGAAACGCGGGUUAAAAGAAAGAAUAAACUGAAUCAGCGGCAAGGAUCGUCUCCUGCUACUGUGGAUAGGUCUGGUCUUAAUCAAGAUUCAGGCUAUAAUUCUCAGUCCGAUCUAGAAUUCGGCACCGAUGCUGAAGCUAGUUAUUAUCAGCAGAUGAUGAACGAGUUUGAAGCAGAAGGGGUUACAUUAUCGAAUCCUAGUGAUGAGACUAAAGCUAUGAUGGAAGCAGAAUUGGAAAGGUGGGAACAUCUCGAAGAUCGACGAACCAUUAACGACCAUCAAAAUGUGCAAAGCACCAAUUUUCAAGGCUUACCUCUUCUGCGAGUGAAGAACUCACGAAUAAAAAAGGAGUCUUCUAUCAUCACAUGUUGGAAAGUUCUUAGCAUGGUAUAUGCACGAUUAGCGGAGCGUUAUAUGGAUGAAGGCGUUCUCUAUGAUAUCCGUAAUAACUUGACAGUCAAUUUUGGACUUAACGAUUCAGAAAAGGAAAAGUCGGGGCUUUUUGUUGAAGAUUUAUGCACUCUUCAGAAUGGCCAUUGGGUUCGCGAUACUGAGGUGUAUGCUCAUGAACGCCUCCGAGUUCAAAUGUCUCCCUUUCUGAAUCUUGCUGGCUGUACUGCCACUAGGCCAAAAGCUCUCGUCGGACUUUUGUACCAAGACAUCGAGUUCCAACUGUUCCCUCCUCUGAUCAAGGGCCGGCCACCAAUUGUUGUGAUGAAGCUUAACCUUAAGCGAAUCAAACGGUCAGGUGGGAAAAAGAAGCAUCUGGAUUUACCAGUGAAGUUAGCAAAAAUCGAGGUUCCGAUUCGUCGACCAGUCAUCCAAAGAAAGUUGUACCGGAGACUUUCCGACAUAUUGGUCUCCAAGAACAAGGAAGUAAAUGGUUUCUCUACCGUCAUUGGAUAUACUGAAUAA